CGAGGGCGGAGUCGAGUUGUGGCCAAUGGCGUACGAGGAUCGGUUGGGCUGGGCUUAUCCGCGCUGUGGUUUUUGAAGCCCGUUCAGGGUCCGCACGGGGAGCGAUGUCGCGUGUCGGCUCAAUGCGGGCGCUCGGCAAUCCGAACAUCCUCAACAAGAGAGUGCCGCAGAACCCCAAGUAUAAGAAUGUCAAGUCUAAGCUGGACACGGGAAGCAGCCUCACCAAGUAUAUGGAGAGAUUGGAAGAUAUGAGGACCAAUUAUCGCUACCGCCCUGGCGAGCUUUUCAAAAGAAUGAAGAUCACAACAUUUGCACAGAUUGUUCUGCAAGUUGCUUCGCUUACUGAAGAUCCCACAUUGGAGGAGAUCAUGCAAAUGGAAGGGCCGUCGUGCCCUCAGACAGACCGCCUCGACACGCCGAGCGGAGGCGACGCGGUUGUGGCGACUGCUCGCUCCACACUACAGAGUGUGAUCAGUGGGCUCGGGGAGAUGGACCUGACAGGGACGAACGGCUCCGCAGAGAAGCAGCAGCCACUGUCGCCGUCUCGACAGCAGAAGCGCAGUGAGGCUUCCGAAGAUCAACCCUACCCUGACUGCCCGUACCUGCUGAUGGACCUGCGUGACAGAGAUGCCUACGAGCAGUGUCACAUCAUAGGCGCGGCCAGCUACCCAAGUGCCAUGCUGUCCCGGAGUUUUAAUCAAUACACCAAGGAGAUGCUUGAAUAUAAAAAUGUUACGGGAAAAAUCAUCAUUGUUUAUGAUGAAGAUGAGAGGAUUGCGACGGUGGCAGCCACGACAAUGUGUGAAAGAGGUUUUGAAAAUCUCUACGUUCUUUCCGGAGGUCUAAAGGUGCUAGCCCAGAAGUUUCCUACAGGCCUGACGACCGGCUCCCUUCCGCCCCAACUGCUGGCGCCACCCAACCGGAAAGCGAGACCGUCCCGCCCCUCCAAUUCCUCCACUUCCCCGGUGACCCCUGUCGUGCCGGACAGCCCAGUGUCUGCUGGAAACAAGCAGCGCUUUGGAUACGAUGAGCUGGAGCGCAUCCGACACUACCUGGAUGACGGCUUCACCUUGUCCGACACGAGCAGCCAGUUCAGUCGCGCAUCCACCUCAAGGUCCCUGGGCAGCGCCACCUCCUCCAAGGCCCCCUCGACGGCCGGCAGUAUCAGCGCACGGUCACUGAUCAGCUCUGCGGGCACCGUCAAGCCGUGGAAGUGACGGCGCCUGCUCAAUAUGCCAGGCGGUGGACACACCAUGUACAUGUCUGUCCUCUGCUGCAUGUGGGCCUCCACCCCUUGCAAAUAUUGGGGUUAUUUGACCAUACUUUUAUCACGCCGGUCAGUGCCGGUUCAUAAAGGUGGGAAGCUUAAUUGUGGGAGCAUUGUACGGCAUAGCAGUGGAUUUUGCUGCUUUGUCCUCUUCUGCCCAUAUUGUAGCCCCAUAGCAGCGUGUAACACCCGGUUCAUGCGUGUUGGUCACCCAAGCACUCUUCAGGCGCCUGCUUAGCUUCCAUGGUCUGAUGAGGUUGGAUGUAUUCCGGGUGAUUUAAGCAAAGAACACCGCGCCGCGCCAGUAUUGACGCUGAAUUUACAUUUUAGGCCAUUCUGUGUUGAGCAAGGUCGCUAACGAGCCUCAACUGCACCACAGCCUCCAGGUGGACGGCCUGCCCAACCAAUUGCCAGCUGAAAAUAAAGCCUCUUGGCACUGUGACAGUGCUCGGAAUGAGUUUUUAAUAAAUACAAGUACACGUUGGUCAGCGGUCAUUAUAAAAUGCUUUUUUUACAGAUCAGUAUGUAGUAUAAGGUUUCCAUUUCACUUUUUGUUCAAAUAAUUGUUUGUUUCAAAAUUAUUUGUGGAUUUGAUGAAGGAUACAAAGUUAAUGUCCUUUGAGAUUUGAUAUGGCUUCAAAUUUAUAUGUCGUUCCAAAACAAUAAUUUGUCCUACUCGUAGCCAGGAUAGAAAUGUAUGUCCUUUAUAUAGAUUUUUAAAUGUGCACAUUCAGAUGCAGUGAAUAAGCUAAAUAUGAUGCAAUUCAUCCAAUUAUAGAAACUUCUAAUAAGGAAGUAUACUGUAAAUAGCAUGCUUAAAUCACAGUGCACGACUUCAAUAGACCUCAUAAAUAAUUCCAUUCUCAGAAUUGGAAGUUUCUCGAGCUAUAGGUGUGAAAAUAGGGCAAUUUUGAUUCGAAUAAGAUAUUUCUCAGUUUUAAUAUUACUCGUAGCAUUGUCAAGAGUGCCCAGGAGACAGGCUCAAGGUUCCAUGCUCUUUCUUGAUAGAGGUUGCUGGAGUUUAAGCCAAUUCUGGCCCAUGGUGCUGUGAUGUGAUUUUGCAAUUGUCGUGUUUGCUGUAUUUUGUAUGGUGAAAAUGUCAUUACAUUCCUUGCAACGGUUGGCUGCUGAAGAUCAGUGUCGGGGCUGAAUAAUUUGCCUUCUUCAUCACUCACAUGCCAGUUUCAGUGCUUCAAGUGAUUUUGUAAAAGUGGUUUUGGUAAAUGUUGCAACAACAAAAAAGCCCACAGGUACAAACAGGAUCAUUGUCUCUGAAUGUGUGACCUAACCAUGGUACACAAAUCAGCAGUGUUUUUAAUUUAUAUGUGUAUGUUGUGGCAGAUGUACCAUUAUUUUAUUAAUGGUUUUUCAUUCCUCCCCCGGACACAUGAAGGCUGUUUACAGAAUGAUCCUCUAUUACAAUUCACACCAAUUCCAACCGUACGACAUGUUCAUGCUGUUGUAUUGGUCAGACCACUAAUUAAACUGCUUGGCUGUAUGGUGACAGUAAAGUCAUAGGCAUUGGUUGAAAUUUUAUUCACAGUUGUGGACACAUUCCUUGCUGUGAUUUUAAUGCAUCACACAAAGUACUUGCUCCAUAACUGUGGACUGUACAAAUAUUUCGUGUUGUAGUUAAAGUCCUGAAAGUGUGAAAUGUUCACGCUGAUAGAUUUUGACUCAACUAGAUGACAGGAUGUGUCCAUUCCGACUCAACCCAGUAUGAAAUUUACAGAAUUCCACUCUGCAGCACACCACAGCGUAACAAGAGCCACGUUUGUGUUGGCCCGGCUCGGUGUCUAAUUUUAUCCGCAAAGAGCGUGUGACUAAUUGUAAAGUGUAUAGUAUGUGGCCGGGUGCCGAGUUUUGUACAAAUGCAAAUUGUUUUGAUGUCCACACGAUGAACAAGCAGGUCGCGCAAUGUGAAUGAGUGAUUUUUUUCGGUUUUGUUUUUAUAUUUUAACGAUUAAUGCGUGGUGUAAAGAAUAAAUUGAUUUUGUGCGUAUUUAAA